CGGGUACCCUCCUGGUCAAGCAAAACUAAACCCGUUAACCUUAUCUCCUGCCAAAAGAACCCGCCAAACACAAAAUCAUCUCCACUGUUUGAAUACCAAUACACACUGUAUAAAUAGUAAGUAAACCCACACAAUUAUCUUUCAAACAAAUUCUAAUUCCAAAUGGAAAUCACUUCAAAAUUAGCCAAUAAUAUCAACAUCAUUCCCCUUUCCCAAAACCCUAAACCCCACCAUUCCAUCAUCCAGUUACCCCUUUACAAACCUCACCGGAAAAUCCCGAAACCCAUCAAAACCCCACCAAGAAACCCGAUUUCCGUCGCACCCACAACCGUCCCAUCCGACAUUCUCCGCUUACUAGACUGCCUCGGCUUUCCGGUCCCUGACCCGGUUUACAUUUCCCUCAUCAAAGAAUGUACCCAUUUUCAAGAUUCUAAUCAGGCUGUUUUAUUACACACCCAUCUAGCUAAAAAUCGUUGUAAUCGACCCCGUUUGGGUUUACUUAAUCGGGUUUUGAUAAUGUAUGUGUCUUGUGGGUGUUUGCCGAAUGCACGUCAGGUGUUUGAUGAAAUGACUAAGAGAGAUUUUAAUUCGUGGGCGGUUAUGAUUGCUGGGUAUUCGGAUAUUGGGGAUUAUGAAGAGGUUAUUAAUUUGUUUAUGAGUUCUGAGUUUCGGUAUAUUGUUUAUAGUUGUAGUAGUUUUCAUGUGUCUUGGGUUUUGGUUUGUGUAUUGAAGGCGUGUGCGAAUACUUUGAAUUUGAAACUUGGUGAACAAAUUCACGGGUGGUUGUUGAAGUCGGGUUAUACGAAUGAUUUGUUUGUGGGGAGCUCCUUGAUUAGUUUUUAUGGAAAGAUUGGGUGUUUUGAAGAUGGGGAUUUAGUUUUUGAUCAAAUGAAUUCGCGUCAUAAUGUUGCGGUUUGGACAGCUAGAAUUAGUAAUGGUUGUAAAGAGGAAAGGUUUCGUCGAGUUAUUGAUGUUUUUAAGGAGAUGGGGAAAGAAGGCGUUAAGAAAAACAGUUUUACGUUCUCUAGCGUUCUUAGUGCGUGUGCAAAGAUAAGUGAUGAUGGAAAUUGUGGUGAACAGGUGCAUGCUAAUGCAAUCAAAUUAGGACUAGCUUCCGAGAGUUAUGUGCAAUGUGGGUUGGUAAACAUGUAUGGGAAAUUUGGGUUGAUUAAUGAUGCGAAAAGGGUUUUUAAUAUGAAUGAUAGUAAGAGAAAUCACGCAUGUUGGAAUGCUAUGUUUACUAGUUUUGUACAAAACGGGUGCCUUGUUGAAGCCAUCAAGUUUCUUUAUCAGAUGAAGGCGGCUGGGGUGCAGCCGCAAGAGUUAUGGCUUACCAAGUUAAGGUCUUUGUGUGGAAGUGAACUUCUUGAAAUCAAAUAGUCCACGGGAUCCGGUUAGCCUGAACUUCUACAUCUGUUUGCCUAUAUACAUUGAAUAUACUUAACGGCACCAUGGAACCCUUGUGGCCUUGUAUGUUUAUAUAUAAUGACAUAUCGACAUAUCUAUAUAUAGAAGUUGUAUUUAAGUUC